CUGGACCUACCACAGCAUCCUCAUGAGCAUCUGAACCUAUCACAGCAUCCUCAUGUUGCCGACGACAGCCAGGGAUGGACUCUAUCGACUGUCUGCCUACCUGGAAGAGCUCGAGGCUAGGGAACUAAAAAAAUUCAAGCUAUACCUGGGGACUGCAGUGGAACUGGGCCAGGACAAGAUCCCCUGGGGACGAAUGGAGAUGGCGGGUCCUCUGGAAAUGGCCCAGCUGAUGGUGACCCAUCUGGGGACAAGGGUGGCUUGGCUGCUGGCUCUCAACACCUUUGAGAGGAUCCACAGGAAGGACCUGUGGGAGCGAGGACAGGGAGAAGACCUGGUGAGGGUCACUCCGAAUAAUGUUCUGUGCUCCCUGGAGAGCCAAUCAGCUUGCGUUUUGGAUGUCUCUUCUGGUGCUACAAGGAAAGAUCACCAGGCAACCUACAAAGACUAUGUCCGAAGGAAAUUCCGGCUAAUGGAAGACCGAAAUGCGCGACUAGGUGAAUACGUCAACCUGAGCCAACGUUACACUCAGCUUCUCCUAGUAAAAGAACACUCUAAUCCUAUCUGGGCACGGCAGAAACUGUUGGAUACAGGGUGGGGACACGCCCGAACCUGGGGCCACCAGGCUAGCCCUAUCCAAAUGGAGACCCUCUUUGAGCCAGACGAAGAACGCCCUGAGCCACCACGCACAGUGGUGUUACAAGGGGCCGCAGGGAUGGGGAAGUCCAUGCUGGCCCACAAAGUGAUGCUGGACUGGGCCGAUGGGAGACUCUUCCAAGGCCGGUUCGAUUAUGUCUUCUAUAUCAGCUGCAGGGAGCUGAACAGAAGCCACGUUCAGUGCAGCGCACAUGACCUUAUCUCCAGCUGCUGGCCGGAGCCUGGCGCACCGCUCGAGGACCUCAUCCGGGCUCCCGAUCGGCUCCUGUUCAUCAUUGAUGGCUUCCAUGAGCUUCAUCCUUCAUUCCACGAUGCUCAGGGUCCCUGGUGCCUCUGCUGGGAGGAGAAGGGACCCACUGAACUCAUCCUCGGCAGCCUGAUUCGGAAGUUGCUUCUGCCCGAGCUCUCUUUGCUCAUCACCACCCGACCCUGUGCUCUGGAGAAACUGCAUAGCUUGCUGGAACACCCGAGGUACGUGGAGAUCCUGGGCUUCUCCGAGGCGGAGAGGAAGGAAUAUUUCUACAGAUACUUCCAUAACACUGGACAUGCGAGCCAAGUGUACAGCUUCAUGGUGGACAACGAGCCCCUCUUCACCAUGUGUUUUGUCCCCAUGGUGUCCUGGGUGGUCUGCACAUGCCUUAAACAGCAGCUGGAGAGUGGAGAGCUUUUAAGGCAAACGUCUAGGACCACCACAGCGGUGUAUAUGUUCUACCUUCUGAGCCUGAUGCAGCCCAAACCAGGGACCCCAACCUUCAAGGUCCCCAGUAACCAGAGGGGCCUGGUCUCUCUGGCUGCCGAGGGCCUGUGGAACCAGAAGAUUCUAUUUGAGGAGAGGGACCUUGGGAAACACGGCCUAGCUGGAGCCGAGGUCUCCGCCUUCCUCAACAUGAACAUCUUCCAGAAGGACAUAAAGUGUGAGAAGUUCUACAGCUUCAUCCACCUGAGUUUCCAGGAGUUCUUCGCAGCCAUGUACUGUGUGCUGCACGGCAGGGAGACGGUGAGGAGGGCGCUGGCCGAGUACGGCUUCUCGGAAAGGAACUUCCUGGCCCUCACGGUCCGCUUCCUGUUUGGCCUCCUGAACGAAGAGAUGAGAUGCUGCCUGGAGAGGAAUCUAGGCUGGACCAUUUCCCCUCAAGUCAAGGAGGAAGUGUUGGCGUGGAUCCAGGACAAGGCUCACAAUGACGGCUCCACCUUGCAGCGUGGCUCCCUGGAUCUCCUCAGCUGCUUGUAUGAGAUCCAGGAGGAAGAUUUCAUCCAGCAGGCCCUGAGCCACUUUCAAGUGGUUGUAGUCAGCAACAUCUCAACAAAGAUGGAGCACGUGAUGUGCUCGUUUUGUGUGAGGUACUGCCGGAGCGCGGAGGUGCUGCAUUUGUACGGGAGUGCAUACAGUGCAGGCACGGAGGGUGACCUGACAGAACCUUCAGGGGCCCAGACGAAGUCUCAACACAAACAGGAGAGGAACACCCUUCCUGACGUCUACAGUGCGCACCUCUCAGCAGCUGUCUGCACCAACCCAAACCUGAUCGAGCUGGCCUUGGACCGCAACGCCUUGGGCAGCCGGGGUGUGCGGCUGCUCUGCCAAGGCCUCAGGCAUGCCAAUUGCAAGCUUCAGAACCUGAGGCUGAAGAGAUGUCAGGUCUCCAGAUCAGCCUGCCAGGAUCUUGCAGCGGCUCUAAUCGCCAACAGGAAUUUAAUCAGGCUGGACCUCAGCGGCAACAACAUUGGGGUGCGAGGCCUGGAACUGCUCUGUGAGGGGCUGCGGCACCCCAGGUGCAGGCUGCAGAUGAUCCAGCUGAGGAAGUGUCUGCUGGAGGCUGCAGCCGGCCGAGAGAUGGCCUCCGUUCUCAGCAACAACUCACACCUGGUGGAACUGGACCUGACCGGGAACCCCUUGGAGGAUUUGGGUCUGCAGUUGCUGUGUGAAGGGCUGAGGCACCCCGUCUGCAGGCUGCGGACCUUGUGGCUGAAGAUCUGCCACCUUGGUCAAGCUUCCUGUGAAGACCUGGCCUCUACCCUCAGCAGGAAUCGGAGUUUGAUGGAGCUGGAUCUGGGUCUGAAUGACCUGGGGGAUUCUGGGGUGCUUCUGCUGUGUGAGGGCCUCAGGCAUCCAGACUGCAAACUCCAGACCCUCCGGUUGGGCAUCUGCCGGCUGGGGUCAGAUGCCUGCGCAGGGAUCGCCAGUGUGCUCCAGGUCAACACGUGCCUCCGAGAGCUGGACCUAAGCUUCAAUGACCUGGGAGACAGGGGCCUGAGACUGCUGGGGGAAGGAAUGCGGCACCAGGCCUGCAGACUGCAGAAGCUGUGGCUGGACAGCUGUGGCCUCACAUCCAAAGCGUGUGAGGACCUUUCUUCUAUCCUGGGAAUCAACCAGACGCUGAAUGAGCUUUAUUUGACCAAUAACGCUCUGGGGGACACCGGUGUUCUGCAGCUGUGCAAGAGGUUGAGACAUCCAAGCUGCAAACUUCGAGUCCUGUGGCUGUUCGGAAUGGACCUGAACAAAAUGACCCACAGGAGGCUGGCAGCGCUUCGAGUCACAAAACCGCACCUGGAUAUUGGGUGUUGA